GUCGGACGGCCUCCUUCCUGCUGGGAGGUAAUAGCGCGAAACCGACAAGAACUGCUCUUAAAAUAGGACCAAACAUCCUACCAGCUUGAAGCAAGCAGGACAUUUACAGCAGGUGAAUUAUGUCCGCUGGAAACAAAGAGGAAGAGCCAGAAACGGCAUGUGCAGGGGCGGCGCCGGUCUACUUCUCCAACCCUUUGAUGAGCGACGUUGAAUCCGACUGGUCCCCGAUUCAUGACGCCGCUUUUAAUGGGCGAGCUCUGGGCCUGCAAAGACUCAUCGCUCAGGGAAUGUGUGUAAACCUCAGCACUCUGGACCACAUCUCACCCCUUCACGGAGCGUGCAUGCAAGGCCACGCAAACUGUGCCAAGCUGCUGGUGGAAAGCGGAGCAAACGUGAACAGCGCAACUUUGGACGGACACACGGCCUUAACUAAAGCUUGUGCCGGGGGCCAUGCGACCUGCGCGUCUCUGCUGCUCCGACACGGGGCGACCCCCCGGGGCACCAGCCCGUCCGGCUCUCCGAUCCACUGGGCUGCCGCCAAGGGUCACCCUGAAUGCAUCGAAACGCUCGUUGAGGGCGGCGCAGAUGUGGAUCAGCAUAUUGAUACAUUAGGAUCUCCUCUCCACGUCGCCUGCUCCAAUCAGCAGCUGAGCUCUGUGAGGAAGCUUCUUCAGCUCGGCGCAGACGUCAACAGGAGCGUUUCCGGGGACUCUCCUCUGCACGUCGCCUCGCGUCUCUCCAGCCCCGAGUUGGUCUCUGCCCUGCUGGAUCACGGGGCAGACAGUCUCCUGGUGAACUCAGAGGGCAAGCGGGCCCUGGACCUGGCUCCCCCUGACAGCCGGGCGGGGCGACUGCUCAGAGAAGCAGGAGGAGUGUCUCCUCUAAAGCAGCUGUGCCGGCUACACAUCAGGAGAACGGUGGGCAAGCAGAGGCUGGCUGGCAUUCCUGACCUUCACCUCCCCACAAAGCUGAUACAGUACCUUCUCUACCAAUCGGAGCAGACGGACGCUCAAAAGCCCUGAAAUCACUUCCACCCUGCCACCCCAGACCGUGCGCCAUGCGCAUUUUGGCCAGCAGGGGGAGAACUUGCACAACCUGGCAGAGUCAUUUCCUUUCUGAAGGAGAGCCUCAAGAUGAGCUUGGAAUAAUUAAUCCUGGUUAUAAAGAAACUUAAACGUCUGGUUCUAAAAUAUUCAUAAGCAAUAACACAUUUCCAGCAGGAAAAAAAAAAAAAGUCAAAGCACAUAACAGAGUUAAACUACUAUAGGGUUAUUUUUUUUUUUUUAUACGACACACGAAUCCUCCUUGUGUUGUAUUUCUUUGCAGAUUGUAAAUAAAAGCUGGAUUUUAUAACAGUAUUUAAAAAAAGACACUAGAUAAACGUUUUUACUGCUUUUGUCUUCAGGAUGAAAAUUCAACAAUUAAACUGCAAUAUAAGGACUAAUUCAAGCUAAAUUCUUCAUGUUUGCUUCCUCUGGGUUGGAGAGAAAUGUACUAAUAAAGCUUUAAUGUAUUUUUGUAGGCAUUACUGCUUAAAAUGA